CGACUGCACCAUCAGAGCAGUCUUCAGCUUGUAACACAAGGAGAAGCAAAAUCCCAAACUCUCAAAGACUGAACACCGUUUAAGUAGAAGCUGAUACGAAGAUGAAACUUGAGGGACGUCAAAUCUUGUUCUCUGUCUUCGUAGUACUGUUGGUCAACUGUUGGAUGACCAGUGCGUUUCACGUUGGAGUUGGGAAAGUUGGCAAGAAGAAGAAUGGCAAACGAACAGAAGAGACUGUUCGAACGAGGACUCACUUCCAAGACCUAUGCCAGAGAGCGCAAGAACAGUGCGAAAAUUUCAACUCUGACGUCAUCGAAGGAACGAACGAGAAGCGAUUCAAAGUUGAAGAAAACCCAUCCGAAGUGAAAAAGUCUUCACUCGAUGCAAUAAUUACUGUAAAGACAUUAUGUAAUAUACUAGAACAACAGUGUGAGAGCACGCUGGACACAGACAGCCCCGUAAAGCGCAUGUCAUUGAGAUCUCUAUGGCGACGAGAUUGAUGAAGGCGCUCUUUGUUCGUGACACAUCGAACAAAAUUGUCUAGUUAAAAUCAAUUUAGACAAUUAAAAUAAAAUGAAAUAAUAUGCAAUUAAAAUAGAACAAAAAACGCUUUGGAAAAUUUAUAGCGUCCUUGACGGAAGGAAGAGUUAAGAGAUCCUAAUGUAAGUUGGAGGAGUACAGAGUGUUUUUAAGAGUAAAUUUUAAAUUGAUCAAUAAGAUAUAUUGCCAUACUAUAAUGCAAUAUAAUUGUACAACGCGGGUAAGACUAUUUUGUAGCUCGCAAGCCUUAAUAAACUGGAAAGUUAAAGCUGUCA